AUUAAAUAGUUGAGAUUACGUUAGCUAAAUGAUAUAAUAAUUAAAGCAUAACUUUUUAUAUCUAGAUAUCAUAUCGAGUAUCUAAUAUUUGAUUCACUCCCAAAUUUACACUUCGUGUAUAAAUUUGGUUCAUAAAUAACAUUUUAAGUUUUUUGAAGAAAACCUAAUCCCAUAAUAAUAAUUAUGGUUUGAAUAUUCGAUCAUACUCACCUCUACUCGCAUUAGGUGUACCCUUGAUGAGCAUGGUGUUUUAAUAUCAUUUACUUUCAAUUCCUUACUCGCUUUAUCCAAAUAAAAAAUAUAUAUAUAUAUAGUGAAAGUAAUUACUACUAAUAAUAAUUAAAUAAGUAAAAAAAAAAAUCAUAAUUUUGGAGGGAAGAAGCUUAUGUUUCGCAAAAAUCCCUAUUCAUUCAUAUAAGAACCUCUCAUCACAAAAAUUCCCUCCAAAAAUAUCGCUCCUCCGCCCACACAUUUCAUGUUAACGUCCCUCUCCUCUCCUCUCCCUUCUCUUUUCCUAUCUCUCCUCCCUCUCUCCAUUUUUUCGACGGGAGAAUUCGCCAUCCUCCCGUCAUCAAUCAUUACCACCACCACCAAUAAUUUUUUCGAGAGGAAAAGAGGUCAAAAAAAUAAAAACAUAAAAUAAUCGCGGCACAUAUAUAGUUACAACAUGUCCAGGUCAAUGUCAAUGGUAAUGCUAGCGUAGUCUCUCUGGUAAUGGGCCACCGGAGAGUUCACUCAGAGAUCCUUUUACGAAUUCCUGACGAAAUUAGCUUGGGGGGUUCCAUGGAAGGAGGUGAUGACGCUGAUGAUCUCUUGGCUACUUAUAUGGAUAUGGAGAAAAUCGAGUAUUUCGACGAUAAACAAAAUGAUCCCAUCAAUUGUCAUAACAAUAAUGCUCCUCAGGAUCAUCAUAAUAACAAUAAUAAUAAUCAAAAGCUUAGACAUUGCAUGUUAGUCGAAGAAUUUUUAGGGAUUACGAGUAAUAAUGACAAUGACAAUGAUAAUAACAAUGAUUAUACCAAGAUUAGCAAUAUUAAUAAUAAUUCUGGGAUUGCUUCUUGUGAAGCUAAGAAGGCUAUGUCUCCUCAUAAAUUGGCUGAAUUGUGGAUUGCUGAUCCUAAACGAGCUAAGAGGAUUCUGGCUAAUAGGCAGUCUGCUGCUCGAUCGAAAGAACGAAAGGCUCGAUAUAUGCAGGAGCUAGAGAAAAGAGUCAAAUCUUUACAAACUGAAGCAACUGCACUCUCUGUACAGCUCUCACUUUUUAAGAGAGAUACAACUGGUUUAACAAACGAGAACAUGGAUCUCAGACGUCAAUUAGAGUCCAUGGAACAACAGGCUCAAUUACGUGAUGCUUUGAAUGACGCGCUCAAGCAAGAACUAGACAGGCUUAAGGCUGCUACUGGAGACACUUCAAACACUGCAGACACCUUCGUUAUGCCACAACAGAACACACAUCAUCAUACGCAGCAGCAGCAACACCCACACCGCCAACAGCAGCAGCAAUCAUCCUGUCCAUUCGACUCAAACAUGCUCAUGAGCCCUCAUCAAAUCGACUCACAUAACUCAAAAAUAUCGUCCUGUUUACAACCCUUUGAGAUGAACAUAUCCCGCCCUUCUCCAGCACUAGACUCACACCAAACAGAACAAAUCGAACCAAACAUGUACAAUAACAUGGCUCAGCAACCAAAAUUACAACAACAUUUUCCAAUUGAUAGAGGCAGUUUUCUUCCAUUCGAGUCAUCUAAACCAAGAAUAAUGCCACAAUUUUGUACAAACGAAGCAAAUAUGAGUUACCCUCUUCAGGCAAUGGACUCACCCCUUGGAAAUAUUUCACCAUACGCGUUUGAAUCAAACAGCCAAAGCCCCGAGCAAGAGGUAUACACAACAAAUCGAACACAUAUGCUUGGACAAAUGCCUAUAAAUGAUCAUAGUAACAAAUGGCAAGGUCUUGAUAAUAUCAAUGGUUUAGACUCUUAUCAUGUGAAAGUAGAAGGUCCAUCUAUUAUUGCCAAUGAAAAUAUGAAAGCAUUUUAAUCUAAUUCCCCUGCUUCGUUUUUGUUAGCUGAUUAAGAUAUAGAAGAAAGCAUAUAAUUUUUUUUUCUGCUUUCGAAAAUCUUUUUUAGCUAGCCUUUGCUCAAUUGGCCUUCUUCCAUGCCAAAUAUUCUCUGUAUGUAAUUUCAAAAUAGUUCAUUUUUCAAUUUAAACUGUAAAUGUUUUUUUUUUAAUAAAUUAUUAGACAUAGUAUUAUCAUGUAAUUCAAAUGAUUAUUUGCUUCCUCCGGCCAAAUUCAAAUGAUAUAAGGCUAUAACAAAUGAAAAUGAACUUUGUUUCAAAAAAAAAAAAAAAAAAAAAAA